AUGGGCAAAGCCGCCAAAAAAAAAUUCACAACCGCUACUGGCAAUGGUCCACAAGUUUCCGCGGACAAACAUCUAAGCUCAGUGUUCAAGUUCAACACGGAUCUGGGGCAGCACAUUUUGAAGAACCCCUUGGUUGCCCAGGGAAUUGUCGACAAAGCGCAGAUUAAACCUUCAGACACAGUUUUGGAAGUGGGUCCCGGUACUGGUAACUUGACGGUGCGUAUUUUGGAGCAGGCUCGCAAAGUCAUUGCCGUCGAAAUGGAUCCUCGAAUGGGUGCCGAAUUGACUAAACGUGUGCAUGGUACAGCGGGCGAGAAAAAGCUGGACAUUCUCCUUGGUGAUUUCAUGAAAACGGAAUUGCCUUAUUUUGACAUUUGCAUAAGUAACACACCUUACCAGAUUUCUUCGCCGUUGGUUUUCAAGCUAAUAAACCAACCACAACCACCAAGGGUGUCCAUUCUUAUGUUUCAAAGAGAGUUUGCCAUGCGGUUGCUGGCAAGACCCGGAGAUUCCCUUUAUUGUCGACUCUCUGCCAACGUCCAAAUGUGGGCCAAUGUCACUCACAUCAUGAAAGUUGGAAAAAACAAUUUCAGACCACCACCACAGGUGGAGUCUAGUGUUGUGCGUGUGGAAAUCAAGAAGCCAAGACCGCAAGUCGAUUUCAACGAGUGGGACGGACUGCUGCGCAUAGUGUUUGUGCGGAAAAAUAGAACGAUUGCAGCUGGAUUUAAAUCCAACACCGUACUAGAGAUUUUGGAAAAGAAUUACAAGGCAUAUCUAGCAACUGUGAACGAUGGCUCGGAAAUGGUGGACGAUUCGGCCGGGUCCAUGAUAGACGUUGUCAAGCAGAAGAUCGAAGCUGUUUUGACCAGCACGGGGCUUUCGGACAAAAGAGCGGGGAAGUGCGACCAAACAGACUUUUUGAAGCUUUUGUAUGCUUUCCAUCAGGUCGGGAUCCAUUUUGCUUAG